ACUACACGAUAUAUUUUUAGAAAAAUAUAUAUUCUAAUAAUCAAACUCAUUUUUAACAUCCCAAGUCGCCGUUCCGCUCGUUCUGCUCCGAUCUGCCCAAGCUCCGCCACGAAUCGCCGCCCCUGAGCCGCGUCUGUGUCUGAGAACUUCGUUGCCCUGAAGAAGAACAACAACUUGCCGCAUAAGGUGAAGAAAUCGCAAGGUACCUCAAGUGAUGAUCUAUAUAUUGUACUGUGAGGAUUCAUGCAUGAUCCAUCGCCGAUGGAGAAUUCCGACGUGUUCGGUUCGUCUAGUGCGCCUUUGACUUGGCACGAUUUUCUUGAGAGGAUGCGCCAUCCUUCCGCAGCGGAUUUUGUUAAGGCCAUCAAGAGUUUCAUAGUGUCAUUUUUGAACAAUGCACCAGAUGCUGAAAGGGAUAGUAAAGCAGUGCAGGAGUUCCUUGGAAAUAUGGAAGCAGCAUUUAGGGCUCAUCCCCUUUGGGCUGGAUCUACAGAGGAGGAGUUGGAGAGUGCAAGUGAAGGAAUGGAGAAAUAUGUCAUGACAAAGCUAUUUGCUCGUGUAUUUGCUUCAAUUCCUGAAGAUGUCAAAGCUGAUGAGCAGCUUAAUGAAAAGAUGGCUUUGAUUCAGCAAUUUGUCCGGCCUGAGAAUUUGGAUAUUAAGCCAACCUAUCAAAACGAAACAUCAUGGUUGCUUGCCCAAAAAGAGCUGCAAAAGAUCAACAUGUACAAGGCACCAAGGGACAAACUUGUUUGCAUUCUAAACUGUUGCAAAGUCAUUAAUAACCUAUUGCUGAAUGUAUCUCUUGCUUCUAAUGAAGAUCACCCUGGAGCUGAUGAAUUUCUCCCGGUUCUCAUAUAUGUCACCGUCAAGGCUAAUCCACCUCAACUACACUCAAACCUUGCAUAUAUCCAAAGGUUUAGACUACAGACUCGUUUGGCUGGUGAGGCAGCGUACUUCUUCACAAACAUGCUCUCCGUAGAGUCUUUCAUUACGAAUAUUAAUGCAAAAUCUCUUUCUAUGGACGAUUUGGAGUUUGAAAAGAACAUGGAAUCUGCUCAGGCACUUCUGUCUGGUCUGUGUGAAAGUUCUGAUAAUUUCUAUGGUCAGACAAAUCAAAAUUUUGAUCUUGCUACCAAGGCAGAGUCAGAGGAUCAUGCAGCAACGCAUCCUCAUCCUCAUGGUGAGUCAUCAGAAACCAAAUCUGACAUGAGUGAGGAAUUAUAUGGGAAAAAUGAUGCAGCACUAGAUAAAGUUCCAUCAAUAGCAGACCCAGAAAAUAAAGGUGCAGCCCUGCUGUUGAAGGAAGAAGAGGCUAAGCAAAUCUUUGUGGAUUUCCCGUACUUGUAUUCUGAGGCUGGCGAUCUGAUGGUUGGUGAUAUUGAUGAUCUGCUAAACAACUAUAGGCAACUUGUAAUCAAGUAUGUAUGUCUUGCAAGAGGUUUAGGUGUGGCAAUUCAAUAUCCAUCAUUGUUGAGCACUCAGGUGCGAAAAUUUGAGCAAUCUGAAAGUGAAGCUCCAAAGGAUUCAGAAAUAAGAAAAGAAGCCUAUCCUAAAAAUGGUAUGCAGAGGGACUCAGGGUUUAAUCUGGAGAACACCAAAUCACAGAAGCAGGAAGAAGAAGCUGCUGAACAAGACUGAAGCUGACGAAGGGUAGGAAUGCAAGGAUACAUUAGGCUUCAACUUAGCCGCAAUGGAUAAUGUAAAGGGAAUCGCUGCAGCUGUUUGGACACUGUCUUUAGUCUAUACAAAAUUUUGUUCAUCUGGCCGAGGUUAGUUUCCGUUCCUGCUGUAAAUGGAUCUUGAUGCACACUAGUUCUGACCGUUGCACUAUAUUGGUCUGUUGCCGUGAGACGUACCAGUUUUUUAGCAAGUUAGCAUAAUUUAUUUGUAGAUGGAGCUUUAAGGGCUGUUGUUGUAGGGGACAAGAAAAGGUUUUUAGGACAAAUUUAUACCUAAUUCAUUUUCGAUGA